GCCAGAGAACAACAACCCCGUUUUAAUUCGGUGAAUAUUCUUCACGACGCUCUCUCAUUUCUCUUCAAUGACUUAAAAAGGACAUAAAGACACAAAAAAGUCGUCCAAAAGCUGCAGAAGAUUUAGGAACAGAUAAAGUAGUUAAACGUGCGAUGAAAACAUUAUUUUGUAAUCGACGGUAGAGUUGAGCAGCGGUGAAGAGAAAAGCCGGCGAGUAUUUCCAGUCAGGAAUCACCGGUCUCGCGACAGUGAAGCGCGUGUCCGAGCGCAGGAGACGCGCAGAUCCGCGUCCGUCAGAACCGCACCUGAUCUGAGGCAACACCGUAACAUAAAGGUCCUGUGAACUCAUGACGCUGUAGACACCAGGAGCUAAAUCUCUAAAGGAUGGAGAUCAGGAUGUUGCCUAGAAUACACAAUCUUGUAUUUAUUUGUACUGUGUAAGUAUAAUGAAUUGUUUGACCUUCAUCUGAAUGGUCUGAACCAGGAUGGCCAAGCCGUUCUACAGACUUCAGCACUUUUUAAGGCGGGCUCAGUUGCUUCUGUUUUUUCUGGGUGUGGCUUACAUCAUGGCAGGAAGCGUGUUACUGCUUCAGCGCUCCAGUGUGCUAACAUUUCAGAGAGAAACGGAUACAGCGGCGCUACCUUCACAACCAGCGCCAUCUAGAUCCCUGGAGCUACCUGCUGCCAGGUGGUUGUACAGAAGGAAAGCCAUCCAAGUGAUGGAGAACCAACCUCUUGAUCAGACAGACAGCAGAAAGGACCAAAAACACUUGAUCUCUCGUAAUCUGGAGAUCAGGCAUUUGAGACACCACUGGUUCCAUGACGAUACAGAACAGAAAAGCUCUUCUGAACAUAAUCUGUCACACAAGAAAGCCAGACACAAAGGGACCUACGUCGGAUGUUUUAUAAACAAUGAAACGGAGCACGCACUCGGCGGGACCAUUCUUUAUGAUUUCCGCAAAAUGACCAGCGCCUUGUGUCAGGACACCUGCUCUGAGAGUGGGUUCCGGUAUGCUGGGCUGGAGUAUGGAGCGGAGUGUCACUGUGGAAAUCGGGUCUGUGCCCGCCGCGCUCGGGGUGAAGACUGUAAUCUGGAUUGCCGUGGAGAGAAGGGAUCCCGCUGUGGAGGUGUGGGACGCAUGUCUGUUUACAGAGUUGAGGAUCAACAUCCAGGACAGAGGAGAUACAGAACUGUGCACUACCACGGCUGUUAUAAGAAGCCACAGAACUCUACCGCUGACUUCCUGAUCCAGACCCCUGGCCUGACACACACGCCUCAGCAGUGUAUCGAGACCUGUACAGAUCAGGACCUUCCAUUGGCCUUUCUGAGAGGGCAGGACUGUUUCUGCAGCCAUGUCCCAUUUCUCUUCACGAUCCAGAUGAGUGAACAGGAAUACAUGUGUGAGAAGAGCAACCAAACAAACCAUAGCUCUCCUUAUGACCUCGACUACUACUGGGUGUACAGCACUCCUGUGCUAGAUGCAACGUGCAAAGAAAGGACAUUUCUGCCCCAGAAGUCGAGCACUCUUGUAGCCCUUUCCAGCUUUCCAGGGGCAGGAAACACCUGGUUACGUCACCUGAUUGAACUCGCAACUGGAUUCUACACCGGCAGCUAUUACUUCGAUGGAUCUCUGUACAACAAAGGUUUUAAAGGAGAGAAGGAUUACUGGCAGAGUGGGAGAGUCAUCUGCGUCAAGACUCAUGAAAGCGGCCAGCGAGAGAUCGAAAUGUUCAACUCGGCCAUCCUGCUGAUGAGAAACCCCUAUCGUUCUCUAAUGGCAGAGUUCAACCGCAAGUGUGCCGGACACCUGGGCUACGCGUCAGAUGUUCACUGGAGGAGCAAAGAGUGGUCAGAGUUUGUGGACAGCUAUUCGUCCUGGUGGGUGUCUCACGCUCUGUCCUGGUUGCGGUUUGCCCACCGUCUGCUGGUGGUACACUUUGAAAAUCUCGAAAAAGAUCUAACCUCUCAGUUAAAGACCAUCACCGCUUUCCUGAACACCAGCAUUCCUGAGGAAAGACUUCUGUGCACAGAGAGCAACAGAGACGGCCAUUUUAAACGCUCUGGAUCACGCAGCCUGACCUUUGACCCCUUCACCCCAGAAAUGAGAGCUCGUAUAGAUGAAUACAUCCGCACAGUAGAUAAAGCUCUCAGAGAUAGAAACCUCGAUGGCCUACCACAGGAGUACAUGCCCAGGUGAGAAAUCGUGAAUGCAGGUGGUGCCCUCUGCUGGAGGGAGGACACAGAAACACAAAGUGCCUGAGUAAAACACAACUGCUGUCUGUCUGUUGUUUUAUUUGUGCUUUAUGUUUGUGGUUGUGUUGUCACCAGUUUGAUGGCAUUGUGAUGACUUUGUCUAGUCAGUACGUUUUAUCAUUAAACCAAUCAAUUCUCAUA